CGCCAAGCCAUCCCUGCUAACGUACGCCAUCCUCUUCCACAAACUUAUUAGACUGAUAAUUAAGGCUCUCCCUCUUGAGCCAAAAAAAAAAAAAAAACAAAAAAUUAAGGCUCUCCCUCUGCGUCUCUCUCUCUAUCACUCCUCUGUUUUGAUUUUCAGUUAGUUUUACCUAUAUUGGCUGGCUGGCUGGCUGACUGAAUGAUCAUUCAUUACGGGGGAGGUUGCUAAGAUGAGGUUGAUGCUGCUAGGUCUUAUAAUCACAUUGUUUGUCUCAGUCAGCUUUUUGAACAAAGGGAAUGCUGGGAUCACAAGCACUUUCGUAAGGUCAGAGUGGCCAUCCACUGAUAUCCCUAUCGACAAUGAAGCAUUUGCAGUUCCGAAAGGUCAUAACGCACCACAACAAGUGCAUAUAACCCAAGGUGACUACGAUGGAAAAGCUGUAAUCAUCUCAUGGGUCACGCCGGAUGAACCAGGACCCAGUAAAGUGUUAUAUGGUACAUCACAGAAUAGUUAUGAGUUUACAGCAAAGGGGACAGUCUCAAACUACUCAUUUUACAAAUACAAAUCUGGCUUUAUCCAUCAGUGUCUUGUUGAUGGACUUGAGUAUGACACCAAGUACUAUUACAAAAUUGGGAGUGGUGAAUCUGCUCGAGAAUUCUGGUUUCAUACACCUCCCAAGAUAGAUCCAGAUGCUCCUUACAAAUUUGGGAUCAUUGGAGAUUUGGGGCAGACAUACAAUUCACUUUCCACUCUUGAGCAUUACAUACAGAGUGGAGCACAGACGGUCUUAUUUGUUGGAGACCUUUCUUAUGCUGAUAGAUAUACGUACAACGAUGUAGGAUUACGGUGGGAUUCAUGGGGUCGAUUUGUUGAAAAAAGUACUGCAUAUCAACCAUGGAUUUGGUCUGCAGGAAAUCACGAAAUCGAUUACUUUCCUUAUAUGGAGGAAGUUACUCCUUUCAGAUCCUUUCUUGAGCGAUAUCCCACUCCUUAUCUAGCAUCCAAAAGCAGCAAUCCUCUUUGGUAUGCAAUCAGACGUGCAUCAGCUCAUAUAAUUGUUCUAUCCAGCUAUUCCCCAUUCGUUAAAUACACACCUCAAUGGGAAUGGCUGAGUGAAGAACUAAAAAAGGUGGACAGAGAAAAGACACCUUGGCUCAUUGUUCUUAUGCAUGUUCCAAUCUAUAAUAGUAAUGAAGCACACUACAUGGAAGGUGAAAGCAUGAGAGCAGUAUUUGAGAGUUGGUUUGUUCACUACAAAGUUGAUGUUGUCUUUGCUGGUCAUGUCCAUGCUUACGAAAGAUCAUAUAGAAUCUCAAAUAUACACUACAAUAUAACCAGUGGUGACCGUUAUCCUAUACCGGACAAAUCAGCCCCUGUUUACAUAACCGUUGGAGAUGGAGGAAACCAGGAAGGUCUUGCAGCAAGGUUUAUAGAUCCACAACCAGACUAUUCGGCAUUCCGAGAAGCCAGUUAUGGACAUUCUACAUUUGAGAUUAAAAACCGGACACAUGCAUUCUACCAUUGGAAUCGCAACGAUGAUGGGAAGAAGUUGGCAACCGACUCAUUUUUAUUGCACAAUCAGUACUGGGGUAGCAGUCAUAGAAGGAGAAAACUGAAGAAGCAUUAUCUGAGAAGUAUUGUUGAGGGGAUUUACAUUGAUUGAUAAGUUUACAAACCCAGUUCCUUAUGAUAUUAUCUGCUCUGAGUGAAAUAGAAAAGCCAUCGCAUGCAUUGGCACACCAAACUGCUAAUUAUUGCUGGCUGGUGAAUGAUGAUCUCAUGUUUUAAGUAAACUACAUAAACACUCCUGAUUAUUAUUAUUAUUUAAAUCUAUUCUUAUAUAAUAGAUUUUAUGGAGUA